ACUUCAUUUCCCAAGACACUAUUCGAACCAGUGUAUGCUGCGAUCUUAAAAUACACAAAAGUGCACAGAAUACGAGACCAUUUAAUUUUGGCUGGUCAAGAAUCGAACUAGUUGGGUUUAACCAACAAAUCUCGUCAAACGUUCAGUGUACAUCGAUAAGCCGUGCCGCGAGCAUCGAUACAAUGAUUGUAACAAAAUUAGUUUUUAUCUUUGCUUUUAUCGGAGCCGGUCUCAGCAUGCAGUUGAAACAAGUGGUUAUAUUCUCCAGACAUAAUAUACGGACGCCAUUGACGACCAACUUGCAGUUUUUGACUCCAAAAAUAUGGCCGAAAUGGAACGGGGACACGGGGUAUCUCACGCCAAAAGGACGGCAACUCGAAGUAGCUAUGGGCAGUUAUUUCUCCGAAUGGUUAAUUAAAGAGAAAUUAUUAGCCGAUAAGUGCUCGAAGGAUCAAGUGUUUGUGUAUUCUAAUACGAGAGAAAGAACUAUACAAACUGCGAAAUCGUUCGCUGAAGGCGCUUUUGGCGACUGCGCGGAGGUUUACUACAAAAACAUGACUGGCAUGGAUCCCGUUUUCAAUCCAGUUAUAAGGAAUGCUUCCGAUGAGUUUAAGAAGACAAUUUUAAAUGAAAUGCAAUCGCAGUUAAACAAAAUCGAUUUAAAAGAUGCGUUUUUAAAACUGAACAGAAUAGUCGAUAUUAAGGAUUCGCAGUAUUGUAAAAAUGAAAAUAUUUGCGACUUAAGUGAAGUGGAAAAUAAAAUCGUUUUCGAGGUUAACAAGGAACCUGAUUUGUCAGGAGCCUUAAUGUUUGGAAAUUCUCUUGUUGAUGCAUUUUUAAUGGCGUAUUAUAAUGGUAUGAAAGACGAGGAAGUAGCGUGGGGACAAAUUCGCACGGCAGAAGAAUGGGAAUCGUUAAUAAAGAUAUUAAAAACUUAUCAUAAGAUCCGUUUUCAAACCAAGUUAUUAGACAAAGAUGUAGCUUCGACUUUACUAAAAUAUUUCGGAGAUGUGUUCCAAAAUGGUAGCAAAAAAUUGUAUGUACUGGUUGGACACGAUGCUAACAUUCUUUCGUUGACGUCGGCUUUGAAUUUUAAAAACUAUACGUUGGAUGGUCAGUUUGAGAAGACUCCUAUAGGCGGGAAAGUUGUGUUUGAGAAGUGGUACGACGAUGAGAAUAAUAGACAGCUAUUGAGAGUGCGCUACGUGUAUCAGUCCGAGAAACAGAUAAGAGAUGGCGUUGAAGCGAGUUUACUGCACCCGCCGCUAGAGGCGCUUCUUGAAAUGGAAGAUUGUGCCGUGGACGAAAACGGAUACUGUUCGUGGGGCGAUUUUAUUAGAAAAUUCAACAUAGUGACAUAGUAUAAUAUUGACAAUAAUUUAUUGAAGAUAUUAGUAAAUUUAUGACUCUAUUCUGAAGAGUUAGUAAACUAUAAAUAGCUAUUAGUAAUCCAAUCCUAGUUUUCAUCAACUGAUAAUGAAAUGUCGUCAGCAUACUGUAUAGUAGGGAAAUUACUGUUAUCUGAUCUUGAGCAGUCAUUAUAGAGUUUGAUAACAAACAGAAAUAUAACUAGUAGAGAUAAUAAAAACAUUUGGAUGGUCA